AUGGUUCGUUUCUCAGUUGCCGCAGCACUUUUCGCUGCUUCAGUCCUUGCUGCCCCAAGCCCUCUUUCCCCAGACCCAGCUGGCGCAAAGAACGUCGGCAACGGUCAAGGUGCCCAGUUCAUCGGCGGAGCCUGCCUGAGCAGCAAAGACUGCGCCUCCACAUGCUGUGCCACCCUCAACGGCGCCGGCAUCUGCUCCGGUCUUGGAGCGCAGUUCCAAGCAGGCAAGACCGGAUGUGGCUUCGGUGACGGCGGAGCUGCCGCCGCUGCUCCUGCUGCCGCACCAUCAAUGGCCGCCGCCGCAGCCCCCGCUGAUACUGGAAACACAGCUGCCGCGGCAGACACGGGAGCCGCGGGCUCGCAGAACGUCGGCAAAGGCAACGGCCAGCAGUUCAUCACAGGGCAGUGUCUCACAGACGCGGACUGCGCGUCGGCUUGCUGUGCAGGUCUCAAUGGCAAGGGCACAUGUUCUGCUGUGGCCGUGGCCAACGCGAACGGCAAGACGGGGUGUGGCUUCGGCGGUGCCGCGGCUGGUGCGGGAUCAGGGACCGGCGCCGAAGCGGCCGCGCCCUCUGCGCCUGCUCAGGCUGCCCCGGCUGCUGGUGGCGACACGGGCGCGGCUGGAUCGCAGAAUGUAGGGAAGGGUAACGGGCAGCAGUUCAUCACGGGGCAGUGCCUCUCGGAUGCGGACUGCGCCUCGGGGUGCUGCGCUGGGCCCAAGGGGGCAUGCUCUGCGAGGGCUGUGGCUGAGGAGCAGGGCAAGACUGGUUGCGGGUUCACGGCGGCUGCACGAUUCUGA